GCCGAGCGGCGGCGGAGGAGGCCGAGGCGGGGCGCAGGGCCGGGCCGAUGGCGGAGGAGGUCGAGCGGCUGCGGGCGGACGGCGUGGACAAGGAGGUGGUGCGGGAGGGCACGGGGCCGCCGCCCGACUUCCGCGACGGCACCAAGGCCACUUUCCACUACCGGACGCUGCGGUGCGGCGAUGGGGAGGAGCCGCUGGACUGCAGCCGGGAGCAGGGCAAGCCCAUGGAGCUCAUCGCCGGCAAGAAGUUCAAGCUGCCGGUGUGGGAGGCGGCGCUGCGCACCAUGAGGCCCGGCGAGCGCGCCCGCUUCCGCUGCGACGCCAAGCACGUGGUGCUCUACCCCAUGGUGGCCAAGAGCCUGCGGAACAUCGCGGCAGGGAAGGACCCUCUGGAGGGGCAGCAGCACUGCUGCAGCCUGGCCCAGCUGCACAACCACUGCUCCCUGGGCUACGCCGACCUCGAUGAGCUCCAGAAGAACCCCCAGCCCCUCAUCUUCGACAUCGAAUUGCUCAAGGUGGAGCCACCCGGCUCCUACCAGCAGGACCCGUGGGCCAUGACGGAUGAGGAGAAGCUGCAGGCUGUACCCCAGAUCCACAAGGAAGGCAACGAGCUGUACCGGCAGGGCAAGGUGCAGGAGGCAGCUGCCAAGUACUACGACGCCAUCGCCUGCCUCAAGAACCUGCAGAUGAAGGAGCAGCCUGGAUCUCCAGACUGGAUUGAGCUGGACCAGAAGAUCACCCCCCUGCUGUUAAACUACUGCCAGUGCAAGCUGCAGUGCGAGGAGUACUACGAGGUGCUGGAUCACUGCUCUUCCAUUCUCAACAAGUAUGAGGACAACAUCAAGGCCUACUUCAAGCGGGCGAAGGCCCACGCCGCGGUGUGGAACGUGGCGGAGGCCCAGGCUGACUUUGCCAAGGUGCUGGCCCUCGACCCCUCGCUGCGCCCCGUGGUCUCCAAGCAGCUCAAGAGCCUGGAAGCGCGCCUGCGGGAGAAGGACGCCGAGGACAAGAUCCGCUUCAAGGGCAUCUUCUCGCAGUGAAGCCCGUGCCGGAGAGCCCACAGGUUCCUUUAGGUAUUCCACAUGUGGAAUGUUCAAUGGAUGUUUAUUAAUGUUUAAUACAGACCUGUACUUAUUGGAAGUCAGGCGGAGGGGCCCCGGAGCUCACCCCUGGCCCAGCAGUGCACUUCGGGGCAGUAUUAAGCAGCGUGAAGCGAUGGCAGCACACACUGGAGGUGCAGACUGUGCUCACCGCCGCGCCAGGAAUGCCAUGUGGGGUGACACAAGCUGAAGGCAGCUGCGCUCUGCUGCAUCAUUUUAGCCUUCCUUUGAUGGUUUUAUACUUUACGAGCUGUUGCGCCAAGCCUCGGCCCCAGCUCUCCCCCCUUUGUGCCUGUGUAUCCUGUGUUGUCACUUCCCAAGGCUGCUGCUAUCACCCCGAGCCGGUGUUUCCUCUCUACUGGAUCAUCGUGUCAGCGUCGUAAAUAUUUUAUAUAGGACAAGUGCUUGUUACUGCUAUCUCUAUCUAUAUAUAACUCUGGUUGUGCUGUGCCAAAAGGAAGUAAAGCUAUAGCCAC